GCUGAAACUUCGAAAGUCGCCCGAAUAAAAAAGUCCAAUAGAGUUGCAAUAGAAAUUAUUGUAACAAUACAAUAAAUUAAAUUGUAAUUACAAUAAACUCUAUUGUUGCUGACAAUAGAAUAACAAUUAAGAAUAUUGUUUUCCACAUAAGUUAUAUCAAUGCAAAUGUGUGUUAAAAGUAAAUUUGGUUACGACGUUGAUUAUCGAGAUAAUGAUUCCAGGCACGAAACAUAUGUUGUAAGUAAAAGUGUUAUAUUUUUAUCGUCCUAUGGGUUUUAGAUCUUUUUCAUCGCUUUUGUUUCUUUUCUUUCUUGUUCCAGAGGGCGAGUAAUGGCGCUUGAACCUAGGCUGAUAUGUACACUGAUGGACAUAGAAGCCUUGUCAUGUUUUCAUAGUAAUCUGUAUGAAUUCAUACGAAUACUUUUGCCCAUCAGUAUAUAAGCCAGGGCACUAGACUAAAAACUGUGUCCCAUUCCAAGACGCCGAGGACCCAUGGAGUGUACAUUAAUCUUCUUAGGGAGUCACUCCCAACGAUUCGUCAAUCAUCUUUACCCCUGAAUGUGAAACGUUUCUAUUCGGGCGAUGCUGGACGCCAAGCUGGAGAGGGCGGUCGGGACGGCCAAGUGUAAACCCGUGAAAUCUGUAGAGUCGAGGUCUACCCAGACUGAGGCCCAAGGAUUCGCGGACUCGGGCAAGGUCGAAUCGACCGAAGGCGUGCCAGCGAAGACGGUGGUACCAAAGUCUACCCAGACUGAGGCUCAAGUAUUUGCGGGUACGUCGGGGGUGACUGCUCCAACGGAGCAGACACAAAAACGGGGGAGACAGUCUCCAGGGGAUGAGCUCCCUGGGGGCCGCUUCAAAACGCGGAGGGUUACUACCCCGAACAAGGGUAGUGGGGCUGGGAAGCUGAACCUCGGCCAGGUACCUCCAAAACCGGGGGAGGAAGGACCUGGAAAGGUCCGUCCACCCAGGAAAGACGGUGGUAAGGGGUUACGGCAGGCUGAGAGCUCUCAGCCGCACCAGACCAGGGAAAUAGAGGGGGAGGGGCGCCGCCUACAAGAAGUUGGCGGAGGAAGUCCUAGGCGAGACGGUCAAGGUGAGGGCACUCACGACGGAGGUGAAUCUAAGCGUCAAGGUGGGACGGUCGGUGUGCCCUGUGGGCAUAUACGAGCAACCCGAAGUUUGCUUCAAGUGCCUGGAACCGGGGCACAAGCAAUGGGAUUGCAAAGGCCCUGACAGAAGCAAUCUCUGCCGACGCUGCGGAUUGGAGGGACAUAAGGCACAAUGCUGCACGAACCCUCCCAAUUGUUUGAUUUGUUCCAGCAAAGCAAUGGAAUGGAAACGGGUCGGGGAUGUAGUCCUGCCUCCCUCGUUUACUGUUGGAGGUGAUCCCUAACCCCGCAGUUCCUGGACAACCCAGGAUGUCUGUUGAGAGCAAAUUCCCCCUCCAUUGCUUAGGAAGGAAAAAAAAUACAGUCAUUGCUUGCAGUCGAUGGGUGGUUGGGGUACCUUUUAUGAAGUCGAUGUGUUUUAAUGCCUUGUCUCCCCCCCACCCUUUGCGGGCCGGUGGUACGGACUUCUAUAUAACACCCAUCCACUCACUACCUGAGCUAUAUAUUCAUUCAAUUGUUCUCCAGAUAUUUACAAAACAUAAACUGCUAUUACUUCGAAAAAUUUGAUAUGCUAUGUAAUUUUUCAACAAGUGAUUUAACAAAUUUGAUAUCUUGUAUAUGCAAAUUUCAACAUGCUUGUAGUUUAUUGCCAAAUUUUCAGCACAAUUGGUCAUCUGGGAACAAUGUUACAGCAUGGCAAAGUUGGUCAAUUUGUAUGAAAAAUCGGCUUCUGCUGCUCUGCUGUGCCAAGCAUAGUUGUCCCAUGUCGUUUUUUGUCGGUGUGGCAUUUGCUCAGACAAGUUAUUUUUUAUCAGACAUCAUCGCUAGGCUUGCCAGCAAUCCUUUCUAGUUCUUUAAUCCAAUCCAUUGAUAAAUUCUUUUGUUGGACACCAGGGCAGCAAGAAGGCAGCAAACAAACAAACAAAGUUUCAGUACAUUUUUGAACAAAUUUUUUUUCUCUUUUUUUUUUGCCAGAUAACGUAUUUUUGGACGAGGAUUCAGAAUAUAGGUAUAUUAAAAAAUAUUCUGGCCAAAAUUGUCACGUAUGCAGUUACUGAAACAAACGAAGUUAGCUAACAUGCGCUUAUAUCAUUCUUUGGAAUCUUGCUGGUUGAAAAGAUAUUCUUAGGGCGGAAGCAUUAUGAAGCUUUAUUUUCACGAGAUGAAUAUAUUCAAUUUAAGAGCGCAAAACAAAAAUGUCAUGCUGUGUGGCGGCACGUAUGCUCCACUACAGUUUGCCAAAUCUGCUGCGAUCUUGUGCCGCGUCGCGAUGGCGUUUUCGUAAAUUGGUAUUAAUUUAUAAUAAUUGGAUGAUACAAUUCAGCUCGUUAAAGUAUGCUGCUUGUCACGACGCAAGUAUCGAACCAAAUUCACGUUUUGAAACAAAUGUUUACGGUUAUUAGUCUAAGGAACGUUAAAUGCGAGCUAUAAUGUAUGGGACAAAUACUCUAUUCAUAACAUUUAUUCCAUCGAAAUAAUAUAUCGUUUUGUAGCUACACAAAAAAUUAAUCCAGCUAUGUUACA